UCCUCGUCUUUGACUCUGCUCUUUCUCUCUCUGAAAAUCCGCAUCACGCGCCCUCUCUCUCUCCUCUCUCUUGAAUCUCUGUGUUUUUCUGGGUUUCUGAGGAUAAGCAAAUCUGGGUGCCGGAUUUGGACCUUCAUUCACUGGAGCUUAGACUAGAUUAAGAAACUCAACCAGAAACAGCUCUGGCGAACUUGCAGAGUGAAGAACACUAUGCGGUGGUAUAGUCUUUCAAUUGAUGUGUUUCGGAAAGUGAUCUCCUUGAACUUGUACUGCCGUGUGAUUCUGUAAAAUUGACCUCACUCUUGUAAUCAGUUCUUGAUUUACUGCUCAUUUUACCCCCCUAGAGAAUAGUUUGUUAGGCUUGCAAUGGGAUCCACUCGUUUCAUUGUCAUUCCUUGCUACGUCCGCUGGAUUAGCUGAGUUUACCUUCUUUUCCGGCUUCCUCCCUGUUGUUUUCUCGAAGAUUUCUUAACCAUUGCCUUUCUAGGGUUUGUUUGUUUGUGUCUGUUUUGAUUCGGUGCUGUAGAUUUAGUCUCGAGAGUGUUCAAUUCUAAAGCCUUGCCAAUCAAGUUUGUGUCUGUUUCAAUUCGGUGUUGGAGAUUUAGUCUUGGGAGUGUUCAAUUCUAAGCGUUGCCAAUCGAUAUAUUGUGGGUAUUUCUGUGUGGUUUUGAGUAAAAGGUGUGAGUGUUUGGGAUCUUUGAUAAUUUUCUACUAGAAGAUUGCGGUGUUGCUUUGUGAGGAAGGGUUGGGAACGAGUAGUUAUGGUGUGCCAAGCAGCUAGUCAGACGAGAUUCCGGGCAUUGAAACAUGAAAAUGGAGUUGCGGGGAGUGCCACCAUAAUAGUUAGAGUCAUAGCGUGCUUUCAACCUCUCCAGGAUUGCCAGGCUGAAUAUUUCCGUCACUUGUUGAAACCUGUUACGUAGAUUGAUUUUUUUUUUUGCCACUGCAUUCAAGUUAAGCCGAAGAUUUUUCAUUUUUCAUUAUUUCUCAAUAUCUCAAGAAGUGUUCAGCAGAUCGUAGUACCAAAACUAUCGUAGAACUGGUGAUUGCUGCAAUUGAAUGGAAAAGGACUUUAAUUCUUGGUUCCAGCACCGGUGUUUGGACGUGCAAUCACCCGUCUUGAAUUCUUCGGGUGCACGAGUUGAUACACAGCUGCAGAAUAAUUUUUCUGCAUUUAUGAUUCCUCAUUACAAUGGGAUAUCGACAAAUGGGAAAUUUCCCUUGUCCUCAUAUACUGCCCCGCUGCAGUUCAAGGCAAACCAACCAAAUGAGCCUCGUAACUGGUUUUACGGUUUGCCUAAUUUCCACCAGGGCUCAAAUCCAUUACUGAAAUCCGUAACUAAAGAGAAAGAUCCAGCUGGGUCGGUUCAAAAUCUUGGACGGAUUGGAAAUCCCGACGCUGUUGCUGGAUGUGCCCAAAGGAAAUUUCUUGUUUUUGAUCAAUCGGGUGAUCAAACGAGGUUGCUCUACAGUUCCGCAAAUGAUACUCCUGCACAGGGUGUUCUUCCGUGGCUUCAAAAGCCGCCUUCAAUGGCUUAUAAUUCGACGAAGGAUCAGCUGGGGAGUAGAAUAAACAAAGCGUCUCCCCUGGGCCGCUUUCUUGGCGAUGAAUGUAUUGAAGACAACCCUAGAGGUGUCGAGGAAAGUGAAAUGCGGGAAGAUACUGAAGAACUAAAUGCGCUACUGUACUCUGAUGAUGACGACGAUGACGAUGGUGAAUACUCCGAGGACGAAGAAGAAAUCAGCACGGGUCAUUCUCCUAGUACCAUGACAGCACAUGAUAAGCACGAGUGGCUCGACGAAAGGAUUGAAGAAGUUGGUAGUUCCGAUGAGCCAGCCAAAAGGCAUAAGCUGAUCGACGGUAGCUAUGGUGUACCGUGCCCCCUAGACAAUGCAACGCCCGCAAAACCCUUUGGAUGCUCCGAACUAGAGGACGAUGCAGAAUCCAGCUGUGGCAACACCGAUUACCAAUUUUCGGGAGUAUCGGGGAGGAAAAGAUCAAGAAAAGAGAAAAUACGGGAAACCCUAAGCCUUCUACAGAAGAUCAUCCCCGGUGGGAAAAAAGGCAAAGAUGCAAUGGAUGUUAUUGAUGGAACAAUUCGGUACUUGAAAUCCCUGAAAGUCGAGGCCAAGUCUCUGAGGCUCGAUGCUCUCUAGAAUCAACAACAUUAUUCGUGCACCAAGUGACAGUAGUAGUAGUAGCAGUAGUAGUACUAAUAGUGCUGUCUUUUCGAUACCUUUUCUUUUGCUGCAAUGUUUGGAGUACUUCCCGAUGGUUUGUCAAUGGAAUAAGGGGAGUAUAAGUACAUUCUAGAGAGCUCGGUCAGACUGAUUGGCGAAAGUUCAUCUGUCAUAACCAGUGAAAACUGCAGCUGUCUCGGGAGGCCAAUCAAAACCCUCUUGGAACGAGCAGUUUUGGUUUUGAAAUCCGGGGGCGCAUUCUCUGUGAGGUAAAUCAUGAUAUGAUGAGGUAAUAUCUUGACGGCUAAGAGAGGAAAAGAACACCACGCCAGGUUUGAAAAUGCGUGGUGUGAGAGUAGAGUUGUUUUCUGGGAAUGGAUGAUUGGUGAGAGGACUUAUUGUGUUCAUCCCCCAUGGGACCCUGGAAAGGGAGGAAUGCACGCUUGAUGGGGAAUUUGGGUCCCAAACCCUCACUUUCCACCCCCUUUUUUUAGAUACUGUCACAUUACAUCUUGUGGGGAUUCCCCAAUCUUAUCCCCAUUGCAGCCUGCAGUAAAUCACAGCAACAACAACAACAACAACAACAACAACAAUCUGCAACUAUCACCGCACUUUCGCGUUACAUCAGGUAUUCAGUGCCCCCCCUUCAUCGCCCCGGCCUGGACCACUCCUUUCCAACAGGUCUUACCUGACACGAACAUGAUUAGUCUUAGCUGAAUGGUCAAGAAAACUGUGCUUGAGGUCUUUCUCCCGAACAUGAUUAGUCUUUUAGGUGAAUGGUCAAGAAAACUGUGCUCGAGUUCUUACUCCCGAACAUGAUUAGUCUUAGCUGAAUGGUCAAGAAAGUUGUGCUCGAGGCCUUACUCCCGAACAUGAUUAGUCUUUAGCUAAAUGGUCAAAAAAGUUGCGCUCUGAGUCUUACUUGACACGAACAUGAUUAGUCUUUUAGCUGAAUGGUCAAGGAAACCCGCAGUCAGGCAAAAAAAGAACUUUAUGCUCCUUUUCGUCUACGUCUCAUGUGGGAACACGUCCUCCUGUAAAUCGCGCUUUUCGCCUGCCAUAAGAGCCGAGUAACUUGACUUUGUGUGGGCAUGACAUGUUUAUAUAUAUGUAUAUUUCUUUCCACAUAUAUAUAGUUGUUGUGAUGCAUGCUUUGAAGCCAUGAUGAUGGUGAUAUGUAUUUUUUUUCAAACUAUUUUAGUAUUGGGUGAGUGUUUGUUUUUGUGAGAAAUUGUCUACUGUGGCUAAUGGUGUCAUAGGUUAUAUUGUCUUUAUCUCUCUUGUUCUUACAUGGCAUGCACGCAUUCUACAAGUGUGAGACAGAUAUGUUUGAGUUUUGAUUCCUUUGCCAAUUUGUAUAAUGUAAUGGUAUGCUGUUGCUGGGCC